AAGAAGGGGCUCUUGGGACUAAUUAAAUCGAUUCGAUUUCACAACCUUGAUCCCGAGCAAUAAUGGAUGCAAUUAGUCGCCUGGUGGAUAUUUCCUCAACGACACGAGUCGGGCCGGCAAACGAAAACGUUUUUUCGACUUUCAGCGCCAAAAGUCUAUUAAUAAAGUUAUAAAACACAAUCCCUAGUCCUGCUUUCAUUCUUUCUUUUUUUCCGCAUACUAAAAUGGCGAUCAGUACUGACGAGUCCAACCCUAGAAUCUGCGUCGUUCUGGGCGGUCGAAAUUUCAUUGGAAAAUCACUUGUUUUACAACUAUUGAAAUCUAAGAAUUGGAUCAUUCGUAUUGCUGAUUCUGAUCCUUCGUUGAAUCUCGAUCUUAAAGAGCAAGAUUCGUUACUUUCUCAUGCCAUUUCAUCAAGUCAGGUUUCAUAUUUUCAAGUUGAUGUUCGUGACAAAUCUCAGAUCAAAAGAGCCAUUGAGGGUUCGGAGGUAGUAUUUCACAUUGAUCCAACAAAUUCAUUAUCAGAAAAUACUUACCAUCAGUACAUGAUAACUGUUCAAGGUACUAAAAAUGUUAUUAGUGUUUGCCGAGAAAGCAAAGUGAAAAGGCUUAUAUACAACAGUUCUGCUGAUGUAGUUUUUGAUGGUAAACAUGAUAUUUGUAAUGGGGAUGAAUCUUUAACAUACCAGUUUGCAAAUAUUUUUAGUGGUUUUAAGGCACAGGCAGAGAGUUUAGUCUUAUGUGCGAACACUGGCAAUGGGCUUUUAACGUGUGCAUUGCGUCCCAGCAGUCCUUUUGGACCUGGAGAUACACAUCUUAUACCUUUUAUUGUGAACUCAGCAAAAUCAGGCUUGGCAAAGCUUAUUCUAGGUAAUGGUACAAAUAUGUGUGACUUCACAUAUGUUGAUAAUAUUGCGCAUGCACAUGUCUGCGCAGAGGAAGCUCUGCGCUCUGGGGUGACUUCUGUUGCUGGAAGGCCAUUUUUUAUCACCAAUCUUGAGCCAGUGAAGUAUUGGGACUUUGCGUCUCUUAUAUUAGAAGGCCUUGGAUACCAAAGGGCAGUAAUCCAACUUCCUGCUAGGCUGGUUCAAGUAAUUCCUGUAAUUGUCAACUAUUUUCCACAGACUAUGAUUCACGUAUUGUCACGAACUAGGACUUUCAACUCUUCUCAAGCUCAAAAUCAUAUUGGCUACUCCCCUGUUGUUUCACUUAAGGAGGGUGCUGCAUUAACUGUCCAAUCAUUCUCCCAAUUAGCAGAAGGUUUUCCCAGGGAGCAAUCUAAAGCUGAAAAAGUUUUAGGCAGUGGAAGAGCUGGAAGGGUAUUAUUAUGGAGAGAUGAAAGGGAAACCUUUACGUAUUUCCUUACUCUGGCUUUGUUGUCUAACUGGUUUUCCCUUCCGGAAAGAACUUUUAUCUCCUCAGUUGCCAAGAUUUUGUUAGCGGUAACAGUUGUCCUUUAUGGCCUUGGCAGGCUGUCAUCCCCAAUGUUUGGUUUAACUGUUAGAAUGAUCAACCCUUCACAUUUUCAAGUUCCAGAAGCGACGAUCAAGGAUCUCUUUAUAUCCCUGACAUCUGCUUGGAACUGGUGGAUGCGUACAUUGAGGUCAUUUGCCAGGGGAGAUGAUUGGAGUACUUUCUUUCAGGUUACCAUUUCUCUGUAUCUUUUGAAGCUACUUCUUUCCCUUUCCAUCUCAACUGUCUUUGGUUUAGUACUGGUGUUUGCAUUUACUGCAUUCUUUGUCUACGAGCAAUAUGAAGACGAAAUUGAUAGAGUAGCAAAAGUUUCCUUCAUGGCUAUAAAGAGCACAAUGGGGUUAGUAAUGAGGAACUUGCCAGCACCUAUCAUUUCAAUUCUGGACAAAUACCAAGUAUUGUGUUCAGAUGAGGGAGCCAUUUCAAUGAAUGAUUGGAAACACGAAGAUUAAGAUUUAGCAAGGUGACAUUCAUUUUUGCUAUGUUCUUUUUGGCUUUGUCAUUGGUCCCAUUAUCCUCUCUGGCCUUCGACGUAACAAGACAAGAAUCUAGCCAACCCCUGUUGGUGAAAAUGGUUAUAAAUACAUAAUUUCUUUUGGGGAACAUGCGUUCUGUAUUGGAACACUAGAUCAUUCAGACUGUACUUUGAAACUAACACAAUGUCUCUUGUUUGAUUUUCCAUCUCAAGUUUCUUUGCAAUUCGGAGUCGAAUAUCAAAUCAAAUACCUAUAUAUAGGCAUGAUUAUAUUAGCAAAACCUAGUUCUUAUAAACUGUCAGGCUAGAAUGACCAGGAGUGUGUUUUCUCUUUAAUGUUUAAUACUAUUAUAGUAA